CCCCCUGGAUCUGCUGCCCUACACUGAGGAAUAACAGCAGCAGUGAAAACAGUCUGUUUAAUGUUUCUUAUUUCAGCUAGAUGACAUUUUCUGAUGAUAUGAGGGCCUGUGGAUAAAUGAGUGAAAGCUUGACAACAUUUAGGAAAGACCAUGCAGAACAUGUUCCAGGAGGGGCUGUACCAUGUGUUUUUUAAGGAGACACCCCCAGCCCGCCCACUGACCCAGGUUACCGAUCACAGGGAUCUAAUCAAUGGCAGGAUUCAUCGUUGGUUUGGAACUGUGGUUAACACCAGACUUUUGGUCACUGGGGUGGUGCAGAUCCUCAGUGCCUUAGCUUGCAUCCUCACCACAAUCACCCAUGCAUGUGUGAGCUACAACUGCUCCAUCUCUAUGACAACACCAGUGUGGUCAAGCCUAUUUUAUGUGGCUGCUGGCUGUCUGGCAAUGGAGGUUCAGAGAAAAGCUAAUAAAUUAAAGAUUAUCACUCUGAUGGGUCUGAACCUAUUUAGUCUGCUGUUUGGCAUCUCUGCUCUCCUGGCUAACAGCCUCAGGUCUACACAGCAUGUUGCACUCAACACAAAUCAACAGCGAAUCGGCUCAUACAUUGCAAAGGGGAGCUCCAUUGCAUUUACUGUACAGUGUUUACUGGCGUCAGUCUACGUACUUUUCCUGUCAUGGAGAGGCCUGCGUCGCUACAGUCCUCCCCAUACUCAGAGCUACAACCGCCUCUCACAGGAUCCAGAUGAAACCAACGGGCCUCUACUGGAACAAGAACAGUUCAGCCUGUGAACACACUCCUGCUUGCACAGCGUUUUUGUAAACUCAGUUACUGUUGUUGAUCAGCGUCUGUAUGGUUGGUAUGAACAGACUGUACAAUCCUGAUUGAGGAAAUUGUUUUAAAUGUUGUGAAAUUCUAUAAUGCCACCUGACCGAUGUGUCAGUAUCACUUCUGCUUUGGGAUUCCAAAAAACUUUUAUGUGACUUUCCCGAACAAAGUGAAACAGCAAAGUUAAAACCUACUAAAAUAAACAGCAUGUUCAACAACAGAUGGUGUAUAUAAAGCAUACAGACUUUAAAUACUAAAUUAUACAAAGUGUAUGCAUGUUUUCACAGCUGAGCAGUCUCAUGAUUUACAUACUGUUUUGUGGUGAACACUAGAGGGCAGCACUGCCACUGUUUUGUCAUGUUGCGCAGUUUGAUCCACAAAUGAACUUCUCUCUGUUCAGUGUUAGAAUAGAUGAUGACAUUGUUUCACAUAAAUUGCCAGAUAUAAGAAAUCUGAAUUAGUGAGAGUUAUCUGCUGCACACCAAAGACAAGGUGCAGGUCAGGGUGAUGAUAUACUGAAGAGAGGAAAACCGCACACUAAGCUGUAAUGAUUUAACUACCAAUGUUUUGACCACACAUUCUUUCUCACAGGAAUUCACUGUUUGAUUGAUGAUCACUAAGUGUAAAUAAAUGUUCUG